GCGGCCCUGAAGCCAGCAGCAAAGCCAGCCCCACGGCCACAGUCCCUCCAGCCUCCUCGCAGCUCCCAGCAGCCCAGACCUGCUGGCCCUCCAGGACCAGAGGUGAUCCAAGGGAAACUCAGGCCUUUCCUGGUCCUAAUGUCAGUCAAGCCCAGCUUGGGGCCUAGCCCCUCGGAGGGGUUUACCACAGAACCUGCCAAUGACUUUGGAGAGAUCCACGACUGGACUGAACUGCUCUACUUCUUCAACCACACUUUCUCCGAGUGCAAUAUAGAGUUCAGCGAGAGCGCCAAGCGAGUGGUCCUCUUUGUCCUCUACCUGGCCAUAUUUGUGGUUGGGCUGGUGGAGAACCUUCUGGUGAUAUUUGUCAACUGGCGCUGCUCAGGCCGGGCAGGGUUGCUGAACCUCUACAUCCUCAACAUGGCCAUUGCAGACCUGGGCAUCGUCCUAUCUCUGCCCGUGUGGAUGCUGGAGGUCACGCUGGACUACACCUGGCUCUGGGGCAGCUUCGCCUGUCGCUUCAUUCACUACCUCUACUUUGCCAACAUGUACAGCAGCAUCUUCUUCCUGACAUGCCUCAGCAUCGACCGCUAUGUCACCCUCACCAGUGCCUCCCCUUCCUGGCAGAGCCACCAGCACCGAGUGCGGCGGGCCGUGUGUGCAGGCAUCUGGGUCCUUGCGGCCAUCAUCCCGCUGCCUGAAGUGGUCCACAUCCAGCUGGUGGAGGGCUCUGAGCCCAUGUGCCUCUUCAUGGCACCUUUUGAGACGUACAGCACGUGGGCCCUGGUGGUGGCCCUGUCCACCACCAUCCUGGGCUUCCUGCUGCCCUUCCCUCUCAUUGCAGUCUUCAACGUGCUGACAGCCUGCCGGCUCCAGAGACCAGGACAGCCUGAGGGCCGGCGCCACUGCCUGCUGGUGUGUGCCUACAUAGCCGUCUUCACCAUCUGCUGGCUGCCCUACCACGUGAGCCUGCUGCUGCUCACACUGCACGGGACCCACGUCUCCCUCCACUGCUACCUGGCCCACCUGCUCUUCUUCUUCUAUGACAUCAUCGACUGCUUCUCCAUGCUGCACUGCGUCCUCAACCCCAUCCUUUACAACAUUCUUAGCCCAAGCUUCCGGGGCCGGCUACUGAGUGCUGUGGUCCAUUACCUUCCCAAGGGCCAGGCCAGGGCGGGCGCACACGCUUCCUCUUCCUCCUCAUCCACCCAGCAUUCCAUCAUCAUCACCAAGGAGGGCAGCCAGCCCACUGCAGCAGCCCCCACCCUCACCCAAGCCUGA